ACAUUGUCCAGCACAGCCCUCGAAACAGUUGCUCUCAGCUGGUCCAGUUGGCUAUAUUCUCAGAAGAAGACCUUGAAAACAAGAUCGGGACAGUCAGUGGCAUCCGUUAUUAGCUUUUCUUAUCGCAAUCGUCUGACUCGUGGCAUUAGCGAUAUUGUCACUCGAACUGUUAUUCCCACAGCAUCCGUGUCAUGAUCUCACUGUUGGCGACGUUAGAGUAAAAGCUGCCGCGUACGAUUGAGACGCAUCAGCCUAUCCGCAGUGCUUCAUGGAAACUCAUAAAUGUAAGACAUGGCUGCAGCUCGAUCUCACUGAAUGCGCCUCACAUAAGGAGGGAUCGGCCGAGAGCGAACAGGACAUUUCAUCUGUAAUCGGGUUUCUGCUGGAGUGAAGGUGACUCGCUUUUGCAGUGGAAGCUAUGCGGAAAGGAGAUGCGAGCGCUCAUCCGGCACUCCUGCGCGCUGAAGGCUGCCAGCCACAAGACCUGUCUGAACAGUUUUACCGGCCGCCGUUUAUGCAUGAGUUCUGCACCGAAUGGGCGCAAAAACCGCCCCAAAUCCGCCGGGAACAUUUUUCAAAUCGGCAAGGCUCAGUAUCGGGAGUCGGAGCGCCGGGAGAGCACGGAAAGCGCCCGCAAAGCCCAGCGAGUGGUGGAGCACUGCAGGAUGAUUGUCCACGAUUUCAAUACACUUGUGGCCCUUUAUCGAGAGCUGGUCAUCUCCAUCGGGGAACUAACUGUGGACUGUCCGUCUCUGCGCGCAGAAAUGCACAAAACACGAACCAAAGGCUGUGAGAUGGCGAGAAGCGCACACCAAAAUCUCUCUGCAAUUCCGGGCCCUGAGGAUGGAGAAAUCCACCCAGAGAUCUGCAGACUCUUCAUUCAGCUGCAGUGCUGCUUGGAGAUGUACAUCACAGAGAUGCUGAAGUCCGUGUGCUUGCUGGGCUCGCUCCAGAUCCACAGGAAAGGAAAGGAGUCGCACACAACUCCCAGGGUGGACUGCAAGCUGGAUGAGAGCUCCGACAUCCCCAUCCUGGAGGAGACGUCGUCCUCACCGGUGGACUGCCCUCAGUACUGCUGGCUGGUCUCCACAGAUGUCGAAAACACGGAGAGGGACAUGAGGGAGAUGAAGAACCUACUUAGCAAACUCAGGGAAUCCAUGCCUUUGCCGCUGAAGAAUCAAGAUGACAGCAGUCUGCUCAAUCUCACUCCGUACCCCCUGGUCCGACAGAGGAAGAAGCGCUUCUUGGGGCUGUGCUGCCUGGUGUCCAGUUAAGAGUCUCCUCACUAUCUACAGUAGGGAAAAGGAGACAAGAACAUUGUGUGAACAUUACCCAUAAUCCCCGAGCACUUGUGUCCCCCAAAACUAUUACUGCCAUAUCCAAAACAUUUAUGUGUUUGAAAAAGCUGCCCCAUUUUCUAGCUUUAUUUUGUGAUAAAAAAGGAAUUCUUUAAAAAAAAUGAUAAUAGUCACAAACAUAUAUAUUCUAAUUUUGUUUAUGAUGCUUUUUAACAGUUAUUUCCAAAUUUGUAAGUGGAAUUAAACUACUGCUGAUCUGUUAGUAGGGCAACAUAACCAGAUGAAAUAAUAUAGGUUUUUAACUUGAUCCUCCAUAAUAACCACAGAUAUCUUGCUUAAUAGCUAAAAUUAAUUUGAGAGCUUCUGUUAGAAUGGAUCCUCUUCACCAACGGCAAGACUGCGAAGACAUCUGUGUAUAUUACACCUGUCAGAGCCAGACGCAAGGGUCUAGAAGCAAAUUAAAACUACUACCACACUAGCUCCUAUUGGCAGUAUCUAUGUAUUGUCUCACAUAAUUAGACAGCUUGUACGAAAGACCUGCACUAAUUUGUUUUUCUCUUCUAGUCCUGUAACAGUACUUAUAUAUAAUUUAGUCUUCCAUGUACCGAAAAACCUGUACCCCACAUUACUUUUCAACUUCAAUGAUGCUAUACAAUACAUCUACAAAGCCUUUGCACUUAAAAUAUACCAUAGUAUAUAAAUAAAAAACUUCUGCAGAUAUAUGUGCCAUAUUUGUAUACAUAUAUAUGUGUAGAAAUAUAUAUGGCAACACACUCUUUAGCAUUACAUACUUCUUUAUUUUUAUGGUGGCAUAUUUUGGUCAAUAUAACCUGAUGGGCUCCCCAUUCGGCUUAUACAUCCAGACUGAAAAGGCACAGCAUGGUUUUUGCUUAUAAAUUAUAGUGCUAAGUGUUUAGGGCAUGCAGAAGGUAAUGUCAUUUUCAGUUGAAUGAAGUUAUAGACCAUUUUACAUUGUUAAUAAACCUUUU